UUUUGUUGCACGCCGUGUUAUUUGCAAGAAUGAUUUCUGUGAUAUUUAGUGAAGGAAAUUAUGUAGUUUAAAAGUGAUUGUAAGCGCAAAUUUCUACAGGUUUUUCAUUAGAAAAAUCUGUCAAAGAUGAUCUAGUAGUUCCGCGAUGAACCAACGUGACACGAGCAUCAACACGUCAUGAUGCUAAUUUAUUUGGUAAAAGUUUUGAAUAUAUUUGCUUGCGGAGUCAAAUUCGUGGUCGAUUUGAUCCGUAACAUUGUAAUGAGAACCAGAAGUUCCACAAAUCAGGAAUUGAAUGUGAGAAAUAGUCCCAGCACUAGCAAAAAAUCACGAAAUAUUUUAAUGAGCAACAUAAGCGACCUCGUAGAAAGGUUCAACUCGAUUGCCCUACAAGAAGGCAGCUAUCCGGAACUUACUGCUGAGCAAGAAGAAGAGAUCGAGAAAGCUCUCCAUGGUGGACCAAACACAGAUACCAUCAUAACUCGCUUCCACCUGAUCAUAACCCGCGCCGAUUUGAGCACCCUGGCCGGGGACAACCGCCUAAACGAUCAAAUCAUCAACUUCUACCUGAAUCUCCUUGUGGAACGCAACGCCACCGACCCGCACCUGCCCCGACUCUACGCCAUGAACACAUUCUUCGUGCCGAAACUGCUCUCCUCGGGCCACGCGGCCCUGCGCCGCUGGACGCGCAAGGUUGACCUGUUCGCGCACGAUCUGAUCCUGGUCCCGGUACACAUCGCCGGCCUAGAUCACUGGUGUAUGGCGAUCGUGGACCUGGGCCAGCACACCAUCCGGUACUACGACUCGCUGGGAGGCGGGCGGCCCAACCAUCAAGUUAUGGACGCGCUGGAACGGUACCUGCGCGAAGAAUCGCUGGACAAGCGGGGGAAACCGCUGGAGAGGCCGGAUUAUGAGAAGCGUCACAUGCGGGAGUGUCCCCGGCAGGAAUAUAGCAACGACUGUGGCGUGUUUAGCUGUGCGUUUGCGGAACAUGAAGCGCGAAAGGUUGCGGUGAAGGGAUUCGGGCAGGCCCAGAUGGCGUACUUUAGGCGAAAGAUGGUGUAUGAGAUUUCGAAGGGACGACUGCUAACUUGAUUUGGGCGUUCAAAGAAAGGAUUUGGAAUUUCAGAUUGUGUGCUCUCAUUUUUUUUUAAUCUUAGGAAACUAACCAAAGACGCAAGCCAAUAUAUUUCAAGAGGUUUUGGUCCGAUACUUAAUCUGUAUUCAGAGUUGUGUGACGAUUGUUGAUUAGUUUUAUUCAUUUUUUGAGAUAACAAAAUAUUAAAACUCUAUUAAUUUCAA